AGGCUCAGCCGAGGCUCUACAUAACUUUGGGAAUCUUAAUCUUAUAAACUAAACUCUCGUUCUCUGUGCUUUAAUAGUACCUCUUCGGUCACAUCCGUCCAUUCUUUCUGUGAGUUUUUGGACCUUGAUCGUGAUAUGGCGCCGUCGGAACGAAAACAACCUGCUCGCCGAAAGUCCCAAGGUGGUACAACUUACAAUGCCCUGUCACCAGAGCUACUUCAGAAGAGGACGAAGAGACAUCUCGAGGAACUCGAGAGAACCAACUAUACCGAACCAACAGCCUCACUCGCCGGUAUCGGUCUCGGCGAAAGUGCAGCAAGUGCCCGGGGCCGUGCGCGCGAAACCAUCUCCGACAAACGCAUCAUCGACGGUGGAGCGCGCAAGAAGGCUCAAUCAAAGAACGUACGUGAUGCACUUGUGUAUAGGAAGAACUUGGCGACUUUGAUUGAAGAAUCUGGAAUUGCUAAACUUCCGCCUAACGUACCAACGUACCUCACAGCAGCGGCACCGCCACCUACUGAGCCACCCCGGUUGCUAUGUACCGUCUGUGGAUAUUGGGGGCGAUAUAAAUGUCAAAGAUGCUCCAUGGCCUAUUGUGAUAAGAACUGCGAAGAAACUCAUAACGACACAUUAUGCGAAAGGCGCCUUUAUUGAUAAUACCCAAGUAAAACCGGGCAGAGACAGGAAUGCGUCGACGCGCUGAGCCGUGUCAGGUAACCAGAGUGCCUACAAACAAUUAGUCUUUUAGUACUCUAAACGAAGGAGAUUUAUCAAUGCAACGUAUCAAUUCCGCUCCCGCCGCCGCCAUCAUUCCAAGUCUAGGAUUAAACCGCACACAUCGCGCAAGACCAGGACUCCCUUCCAAUAUCGUCAUUGGUUGUAGCACCAGCGGACUCCUAUCGAGGUCUGUAGGCUUAUUCGCUCGUGCAGGGAGGUUCCGGACAUCCCAUAUGCCAAUAUUGCCAUCAAGACUUCCACUUACCACGAACUUGCAAUCAGCAGCCCAGACUUCUC